AUGAUCCACGCGAAGCGCCUGCUGCCUAAUGACCAUUUGGAACCUGUGGUAGAGAAGUUUACCAGCCAGGGCCUCUCGCUCAAGCGCGACACCCUGCUCCCUAAACUGGCCCUCUUUGACUCGCUCGACAACGAGGGCGACUACACCCAAGCCAAGAGGGACAGUCUCAUCCCCAAGCUUCCCCUUUUCGGCUCGUUCGACAACGAGGGCGACUACUCCAACGUUAGGAAGCGUCUGCUCGACUUUGUCAAGUCUCUCGAGCCCAGCAAAGGCACUGAGUAUCUGGAAGAAAACCACCAGACGCUGGGCCCGCAACACACUGUCCACCCCCUCAACCGCCGUCACGAUGCUGCGAACCCGCUCGACGUCGCUAUUCUCGGUGAGAAGCUGCCCUUCGGGAUCCCCACCAAGCUGCCCGGCAGCAAGCGUAGCAAGAGCUCCGGUCUCGACCUCCUUGGCUACAAGAUCCCGCUCAACGCCAUCGAGAUCCCCAGCGCAUCCAAGCGUGGCGACAGCCCUGUCGACCUUGGCCUCAAGGCGGACAACAAGGAAGGUGUCGAUGCUGUCAGCGCGAUUCUUGAAAGCCUCGUCAAGACCUCUUACAAGCGAGACGACAGCCCUCUGGACUUGGGUCUCAAGACAGGCAACAAGCAGGACUUGGACUCGGCCAAGUCGCUGCUCGGUGGUCUCAUUCCCACCAAGCGAGAGGAACAGGCCCCCGUCCAGCCGCUCGACCUCGGCCUGCACACGGGCAACGAGCAGGACCUGGAGCGCGCCAAGUCGAUCCUCGGUGGCCUGCUGGGUGGAGCUGCCACUAAGCGCGACACGAUUUCGACCGACAAGAUCGACCUGAGCAGCUUCGAGGAGCUCGGCCAGGCUGCUACCAAGGAGGGUGCCAAAGCAUUGCUUCCGCUCGCAUUCGCUCCAGUGCGUCAAGCCGCCAGCCCGGCCGUGCAGGGGAUCAAGGCAGUCAACAGCGUGUGCAACGCUUUCGGCUGCUACCCUGCCAUCGAGAGCGUAAUCAAGAAGGUUAAGGACGAGGUUACGAACGAGGUGCACCUUCCUGUUCCCGGCCAGGCCCGUGCGCUGGGUGACCAGAACCUGCUCGCCAACGGGCUGCUCAACGGUAAUGGCCAGAUCGAAGGUGUUCCCGUGAAGCGCGAUCAGGACCCCGUGACCGCCGCGAUCCUCGACACGAGCGACAAAGCGCGCGAUGAGAUCCUCGAUGUCAAGACCGCUGCCGACAACGCGGCGGGUGCGUUUGUCAAGAACAUGUACAGCAAACACGGUGAGGUUAAGGAGAGGGGCGACCUCAACUUCCCCGGGCUCAGCCUGCUCCCUGGCACCGGCCCAUCGGCAACGGAGACUGCGAACAAGCUCAAGGAGGACCUCAAAGAGGUGAUCGAUUUCACUGGCCUUCCGCUGCCCGGUGCAAAGAGGAUGGAGAAGGUUCGUCGCAAGUAA